AUGGGUUUGCCAUCCAAUGAAGACCUUCCCCCAUCCUAUACCGAAGCCACCACCACCGCCGCAACCGCAAGCACAAGUCCAGCAACACCAACCGGCCUGCCGCUCCCCUCCCCGCUGACAACCCACCUCCGCACGCUCCCCGCCCGGUUGCGCGCCACACAGCUGGCGCUUCGCACCGCCCAAGCCUCGCACGACCUCGAUCUCACCACCCUCCUCAUCCCGCACGUUGAAUCUUUCCUCACUGACCUCACCUCCGCGUCGCGCGUCCGCCCCGUCGCGGAACUUACCCUGGUGCCGUCGACAGCCAUACCCGAUGGAUGGGCGAUGAGCGGGGCGGUGGAGAGACGGCGCGAAGGCGAGAUGGUUAGGGUUCGGAGGGUGGAUGUCGGGAAGGUGGGCGGUGGGGAAAAGGGUGGGAGGCGCACUGACGGCCGGGAGCACGGGGACGAUGAUGAUGAUGAUGAUGGCCGUGAUGGAUGGGCAACCUCCCGCGGAAAGGGAGAACCAGGGUUUGAUGAAUGGGGCCGCUUUGACUCGAGCGAUGCUGCUGCCAGCAGCGGCAGAGCGAACGAGUGGUGGUUCCGCGACGAGGAUAUGGCUCGCCGGCUGGCGGCGUAUCUUAGGCCGGAGGCGAAUCUUGAGCGGAAACAUGUGCAAGCCGCCGUCGUGGAGAAGAAAGCGGAGGAGAAGGCGAAGACGGGCUUGUUGGGCCGUUUGGGCUUGGGAGGAGGGAGGAAGAAGAACGUGGAGCAGACUCUGUCGCCGGCUGCGCCUUCGCCUGCGUCACCGACACUGCCGAGCCCCCGGGCGGGCGAUGAGGAUGAUUCAAUCAAGAUGACGGUGCGUGCUGAGGAAGUCACCUUCCGGAAGGAGAACGAGUUUGGAAUUUGGGAAACCAGGACCGGGUGGGGGAUUGUGGUGACUGUGAAGGUAAAGGCAUGA